GUUGCCCAGCUGCCUAUGAAACUUGACUCAGAAGUGAUGGAAAAUGGGGAAAACUUUUCAGUUGGAGAGAGACAGUUACUGUGCAUAGCUAGAGCUCUACUGCGCCGUUGCAAGAUUUUGAUACUGGAUGAAGCAACAGCUGCUAUGGACACAGAGACAGACUUACUGAUUCAGGAGACGAUCAGAGAGGCAUUUGCAGACUGCACUAUGUUAACAAUUGCUCAUCGCUUGCAUACGGUACUGGGCUCCGAUCGGAUCAUGGUGCUAACACAAGGACAGGUAGUGGAAUUCGACACGCCGUCUGCCCUUCUGGCCAAUGAGAACUCGCGCUUCUAUGCUAUGUUUGCUGCUGCGGAGAACAAGGUUGCUGUCAAGGGCUAAAAUUCAGGGCAAAGUCACUUUAGUUUUUGGAGAGCUACACUCCCUGCCUGUGGCAGGCCAGCUCUUCCUCCUCCUCCAAGCAGAUUAUUGCCUUUUCAUCUUUUAAUUUUUAGCACAAUGUGUCAAGCCAGAGAGUUUUUAAAACUGUCAGAAAAAUUCUUCAUGUUUUUAUUAUUGUAUUUAUUCCAUAAUCAUAUUACUAAUUUUUUUUGUUAUUAAAUGCACUCUACAAAUGGCUCAGGGAGCCAUAGUUAUAAAUGUAUCAGAGGCCUAUAAUGAAGCUUUAUACAUGUAGCUAUAUCUAUACAUAAUUCUGUAUAUAGCCUAUAUUUACAGUGGAAAUGUAAGCUGUUUAUUUUAUAUUAAAAUAAGCACUGUAUUAA